GGCGGCGACUUGAUUACAGUACGAGGGAGCGAGUGCGAGGCACUGACUGGCGGCGCGCCGGCCCGUACUACCAGUGUUUGUAAGGUCGUAGCCGCAGGCAGCCUGUCGCGCCGCCCGACGCACGUUUACCCGUCUAAACAACAUUUUUCUACCUUUUCUUUGGCGCGAAAAAUCACCAUGUCUGCAACAGACGAACUCAGUGGGAUACUCUCGAGGAGGCAGGAGAUCAAUGACAAACUGGAGGAGGGUUUGGAGGUUAAGCCGAAAUAUAAAUUCGUAAACGUCUAUACGGAAUUUCAUGAGUUCUCCAGGAAGGAAAUAAAACAAUACGAGGAGACCUUCAACAAAUUCGAUGAAGGUCGCGACGGUUACCUUGACUUGACCGAAGUCAAACGAAUGAUGGAGCGUUUGGGAGCACCACAGACUCAUCUCGGACUGAAAGCUAUGAUUUCGGAAGUUGACGAGGAUGGAGAUAACAGAAUCAGCUUCCGAGAAUUCUUACUCAUUUAUAGGAAAGCCCGUGCCGGAGAGCUGGAGACAGACUCGGGUUUAGACGCAUUUGCUCGACUGACAGAAAUAAACGUGGACCAAGUUGGAGUGAACGGAGCCAAGACUUUCUUUGAAGCUAAGAUCGAGGAACUCGCUAAGAGCAAUAAGUUCCACAACGAAAUCAUACAAGAGCAAGAGGAAAAACGUCGCGAGGCUGAAGAAAAAGCGAUGCGGAGGCAAAGAUUCAAAGAAAAAGCAGCUAUAUUUCAAUAACUUUUAAUGUUAAAUUUGUAGUUAAUCUAGUCUUAAGCUGUUACCAUGGCUUUACUGAGAAGGAAUAUUGUGGACUUAUAAAUUGCGUUUAUAAAUACUUUCCUCUCUCUUAUGAGAUUCAGAUUAAGUAUUUUAUUAAGUGUUAUAAAACUUGUAAAUAAAAGUGUGAUGCAGAUGAAUUAUAAAAUAUGGAAGGUGGAGAAAGAAAUUCACGCAAGUGAAGAAUGAAAGAUAAUAUGAGUGUGCCAAUGUCGGAUCCAUUAUUAGGUACUAAAUAUAUUUAACUCAGAUCUAAAAUAAAUUAAAUGAUACUAGUUAAUUAUUGAACUGUUCUUAUAAGUGUGUACUUUGAUGGCCGAAGAUUUCUGAUUACUGUUACUAAGACUUUUAAGACUAACAUUUACCCAGAUCUAGUAUUAAAACUUACAUAAUACAGCCUAAUUUAAGAGCUCAAAUUAAUGCAUGUUGCCUUGUAUAGGUAUGUUAUCCUGUUAACAAAGAUUUUAUUCUAAGUUAAA